GGACAGGAGGAGGGAGGGGAGAAGGCUGCGGGACAGGAGGAGACCUCCGGCUGCAGCACCGAGAGCCCCAAGGGAGGAGGAGGGGGGAAUGGAACAGCAGGGCCAGAGGAGGAGGAGCUGCAGGAGGAGCAACUACAUCAAGAACAACCAGAGCAGGAGGAAGAAGAUGACGGCGCCUCCCUAGCCUCCACCCUCAACAAGCUGAAGAUGAUGAUGAAGAAGGAGGAAGGCUGGGCCGGCCAGGAGCCUGAGUACUACCACUACAUCCCACCAACCCACUGCAGAGUCAAACCCCGCUUCCAGUUCCUGGUGUUCAUGAAGGCCACAGACCAGUGUGAGAUCAGGGAGCAAGAAGAAGAAGAUGAAGAAGAGGUGGAAGAGAAGAAGACCGAGAAGGUGGUAGCAGAGGUUUCUGAGCAGACACAGCCAAAAGCUACUGAGUGCAAAUCAGAAGAGUCAGAGAAGACUCCUGCAGCUCCAGUCACAGAGCCCACUCCUACUCCCACAUCACCUAAACUGAAGACUGAAGAGGCCUCUGCCAGCUUCACAGACCCCCCUCCCACAACGGCCCCCACUAUAGUACCAGACAACAAGCAGGAGGCCCCACUCCCAGAGCUCAACUUGGGCCCCAAAAUCCCCACCGGUCCUUUCUUCCUGGUCCUGAGCAAAGACGAGAGCACCACUCUGCAGUGGCCCUCGGAGCUGCUGGAUUUUACCAAGGCUCAGCCCGCCCUCUCUUACAGCUGCAACCCCCUGUACUUCGACUUCAAACUGUCCCGCAACAAAGGGGKCCGUGCUGGACGAGCAGCAAAGUCCUCCAAGCCCGCUGGUGAAGGAGCUGAGAAAAAAAACAAUCCUGAGGCAGCUGCUGCAGUCAACGAGGGGAAUGCUGCUGCUGCCACCACCACCCCUGGGCCCAGCACUGACAACACUGAUAAGGAGCAGCCCUCCUUAAAAAUAGAGGGUUCCCAAGGGGAGACUGAGGAGCAAAAGCUACAGAGUAGCACAAGCGGAGCCAAGAAGAAGAAGAAAAAGAAGAAGAAGAAGCAUAAGAAAUCUGGGAAAGGCUCCAAGCGCAAAGAAAAAGAGAAGGGAGCCGUAGUGGACGGGGACGCGGAAACUGCGAUCCUAGGAGAGAAAACCAAAAAGAAGAAAAAACACAAACGAAAGAAGAGCAAAAACAAAGGUGAGGGGGAAGAGGGAGGUGGUGGUGAUAAGGAAAAGCCUAAAGAGGAAAAAGCAGUAGCCGCAACGGUUUCUAGUGCUCCCCCAGCACCAGCAGGAACAGGAUCUGCUACAGGAGCGGAACCUGGGAAGAGGAAACGACCAGCCAAAGAAGCACUUCAGAAGUCCGGGGCAGAGGAAGGUGGGGCAGGGAAAGGCUCUGACGAGGCCAAGCCCUCUGAGGAGCACAACGGCACCAAGCGUCUGAAGACAGACCCCAGCGCCCCACCCAGCGCUUCCUGCUCCUCCUCGGCCCAGAAGAGCCCCGGGCCAGGCAAACCACCCAGCAGUGAGAGUGAGGAGGAAGGAGGUGGAGGCUCAGCUUCCCGAUCCAGCCGCCGCAGGUCCACACCCCGGGAGGGGCGCCGGCACCAGAGCGAUGACUCCGGCCGCUCCCGAAGCCGCUCGUCGCGUCGGGGAGACGGGCGAGGGAGCAGCCGGCGGCAGCACCGCGGCCAGGCAUCCCGUAGCCAGUCAGACUCCAGCAGCUCGGAGCGCUCCUCGAGCGCCUACAGCCGGCGCAGCCGCAGCUACUCAGACAGUUACAGUGACGACAGUGACGGGGGCCGCCACCGGAGACACUCUAAACGCUCCUCUGACUCCGAGUACGAUCGACGGGGAAGCGGCGGGCGGCGGCGCUCCAGAAGACGUCACUAUUCUUCCUCGUCCUCGGAGGACUCUCGCUCCCGCAGCCACAGCCGCAGGAAGAGGCACCAGCGGCGGCACCGGAGCAGCUCUCGGAGCUCUAGCAGCAGGAGCCGCAGCAGCAGCACCAGGUCGUGGAGACGCAGCUACAGCCGCAGCCACAGCUCAGCCAGCCGCUCCUCCAGCUCUACCAAGGGCUCCCCUUACCGGGGUCGUGGAGGCCAGGGGGGCCACAGGGGCCGGGCAGACAGCGCUACACGGCGCCGAGACUUCAACCGCUCCUGCAUCUACCGUUCCCAGUCCCCCCGCUCUGCCUCAUCACGAGCCCCAAACCGCAACAGCAGCUCCCAGAGCCAAAGGGCAGGGGGGUCCCGGGGAGAAGGAGGGGGAGACCAGAGGAACUCUUCCUCACACUUCACCGCCCGCCAGCUUCUGGAUAAGAUCCAGUCCAGGAAGGGAUCUGAUGUCCCAACCACAGGGACCAARUCUGGCGCCAAGAUCAAGGACCCACCAUCGGGCUACUUUGGGCCCAAACUGCCUCCAGCUCUGGGCAAUAAGUCCAUGCUGCCCCUGUUCGGUAAGCUGCAGGCAGGGAAGAAAUUCCCUGCGAUCCCCCUGACCCGGCCCGAUGGUGGAGAGAAGUCAUCAGCAGGGAAAGGUUCAGAUGCCGGGGGAGAGGUCAUCCUGAUGGAGCCCAUCCGGGAGUUCCCCCCACCGCCUCCCCCUCMACCAGCUCAUAAGAARGUGGAGGAGACGGUAGUAGUAGUYCAGGARGCCCGCCACCUCACCCUGGACGCACGGGUWCUUCAUGAGCCCCGGCCGCUGUUCSAUCAGGAGCCCUCCAUGCUGAUGCCCCCAUACCAGGGCGAGCCGGGACAGGACCCCUCCCAGAACCCCAUGAUGGAGCCACUCAUGCCCGACAUGCAGCAGCAGCCACCCCCCAUGCACGCCUACCCCAACUACCCCCCGCCCAGCCUGGAGGAGGAGGACAUGGGCAUGGAGGCAGAGGAGRACRGUCUGGCCCCGCUGGAGAGCCAGCCCAUCACCUUCACCCCAGAGGAGAUGGAGAAGUACGGCAAGCUGCAGCAGGCCGCCCAGCAGCACAUCCAGCAGCAGCUCCUGGCCAAGCACAUCAAGACCUUCCCCUCAGCCGCAGCAGCACAGGCUGCAGCGAACAUGGCUGCAGCAGCGAACCAUCUGCAGCCGGCACCCCCUCCCCCCCAGCAGCAGAUGAUCCAGAUCCACCAGCCUGCCGUGUCUGCAGCCUCGGCUACCKCCAUCACCACAGUACAACACCUCAUSCAGCAGCACCAUGCUGCUCAGGCUGCAGCCAUGGGCAUCCACCCACACGGCCCCCACCCGCACCCCCAGUUAGCCCARGUCCACCACAUCCCCCAGCACCACCUCACCCCCAUCUCCCUGUCUCACCUGGGACACUCUCUAGGCCACACUCUGGGCCACCAGUUGGGAGUGGGACACGCUGGACUGAUCCCUGCCCACCACACGGCCUUCCUCAAUGGCCAGCCCAUACACAUUAUCCCAGCCUCGGCACUUCAUCACCACAGCCCCUUAGCCCUCCACCACAUACCACACUCAUCCCUCUACCCAACGCUGUUCGCCCCCCGGCACUCUAACGCCGCUGCGGCAGCCGCACUGCAGCUCCACCCCUUCCUGCACCCCAUCUUCUCAGGGCAGGACCUCCAGCACCCCCCUAACCACGGCUCCUGAGAAAGACCUUCACUAGAGCCAUGUGUCCACAUCAGAGGAGGGUGUUUUGGCCAGAGCAGGCCUGGUUAAACAUCAGAGUUAACAUGGAGAGAGGGAGGUGUAGUGGCACCAUUGUGCAGCAGGUGAUGAUGAGAAUAUCAUCAGACUGGCCACCAUUAGACCACUGGCCAGACAGAGGUGCUGUGAUAUGCUGCCUGUGCAGAGGUAAACAACAGACAUUUACUGUGGGCUCUUUGAAUGGACCCCUCCGAACAGUUGACUGACAUUCACCCUGAGGUUUCUGGACAGGGUGGAGGAGGGUUUGAGGCAACCUCAAAUCUAAGACGGCAGUUUGUUUUGAAUGGGAACCCAGUUUAAAAGAAGAAAAAAAAAGAAGCAGAAACCUCUGGAGUAUUUUUUUUUUGUCCCACAGUUUAUAACUGAUUGUUGCUGUAAAUGUUCUUCUUUGUUUUCUACAGCCAAAGACACGCAGUGGCUGAAGCCAUAAGCAGGAUGGUGUAGUGGGAAUGGAAAGGGGGAGAUGAGAUGGUGACAUGGGGGGGUUUAGGGUGACAUCCAUGACUGGAAACAGCCUUGACUUAGUAAUGUAAUCUGGUGGCUCUAGUCUACUGCCUGAAUUCUGUUGUCAUUAAUAUCUAAUGUUCUCACAUGACUACUUGCUCUCUUCAUGACCCGUAAUAUUCACCAACAAUUUGUAAUACGGUAUAGAGUACAUAGAUCACUGAGCAAUGUGAAGUAUCCCUCUAAUAUGAUAGGGAUGUUCUUUAUUACUGACUAAUGAAAUGUUGCCCAUAAGGAAAUUAAAAUGGUCACUGGUGGGGGAACACCGAUGAGAGGUUGGGUGAAGCUCAUGUUUUAUUAGAGGUACUGUGGGGGGGUCACACCCUCUUAGUGCUGUAGGGUUAAAGGUCAUGUUGUUCCAAGUGGUAGUGGUUGUAUAUCGAAAUGACUUGCACUGAAAUCUGUACAUCAAGAUGCUGCUUUCGCAUCAUGUAACAAAUGUAUGAUUGUAGUAUACUGCAAUAAUUGUAUUUUUUUUGUUUCUAAAUUAUUUUCCAAAAUGCUCCUCAAAAUAUGUUUUUCCUCUUGUGUAAUUUUUGCUCAAUGUAAAUAAAAUUGCUGUAGUUAACCCCAAUAAUAUUCUAGAGGUUUGUUGCUACUGUAAAAAAAUAAUAACUGAAGGAACAAAGAUGGACAAGAAUACUUUAUCAAGACAUUUUCUGAACUAUUAUCCUGUAUGGGAAGGAUUGGGUGACGGGACUGCCCUGUAAGUGGCAGCAAUGGUAUGUCUUUUUUAAAUAUGAUGCGUCAGCAAAUAAAGAGUUUUGAGUUGCUA